GGAUUCCGCCGACGGAAGUAGUUCGGCGCGCACAGGAAAAUGUUUACCACUUGGAAUGCUUCACGUGCAUUGUCUGUAACAGGCGGCUAAAUACAGGGGACGAGUUCUACUUGAUGGAAGACAGGAAGUUGAUGUGCAAGACGGAUUACGAGGCGGCAAAAGCGCGAGAAUACGAAAUGGACAACGGCAAUAAACGUCCAAGAACUACGAUUACGGCGAAGCAGUUAGAAGCUUUAAAAAGAGCGUAUAAUGAAAGUCCCAAACCAGCUCGUCACGUCAGAGAGCAACUGAGCGCGGAGACCGGGCUGGACAUGCGGGUUGUGCAAGUGUGGUUCCAAAACCGGCGGGCCAAGGAGAAACGAUUGAAAAAGGAUGCCGGAAGACAGAGGUGGAGCCCUUACUUCCGCCAUUCCUCCAUGGGCAAGAGGCACCCGGACACGGAUGGCUCUCUUAGCCCGGAUGAUAGGUCUGACGAUGGCCUCGGAGACACUUAUCACACUGACCUAGAUGAUCUCGACCAAGCCUCCAGUGAUAUGUACACGCCUGGUCAACCAUUAGAUCACGAGCCUGGGCUAGGGCAGGUACCUAUCGUACCCCCGGGGACGCCACCUAUGGACACCUGGGCUUCAUACACAGGGAUACCCAACAGUCAUUUUAUGGGUAGACAUUCGCCCAACCUCGGAAUGUCUCACCCUCCUCCCAUGAUGCCUUUGGACGCCAACCUUCCGGUGUCCAACGCUCACGGAGUGCCCCGGAUGUUAGUGCCGGAUGUGAAUGACAGUAGCCAUGGUUACUCGGAUUACCCUCCUGUUUCAAGUCACAACCACGUGGAGGUUUACUGAUGACGUAGUCGUGAUGACGUAUUGACAUAAACAAUUCAGGGAAGCUGGUCAACAAAGGACAAAAUGUGUGUUUUCGUCUCGUUGUGACGACAUAAAGUUCUGUGGUCUGCAAAUCAACUAACUGACUGCAGUGUACGCAUGAAUUGGGGGGCAAUGUGCCUGUUAUUAUCUACAAGGUAAAGGGAAAUUGAAAAACCUUUGAGCGUCAUUUUGUCGAUUGGUUUCGUAAAUGACUUUGUCAUGUGACGUUUGCGGAUUGUCCACACUGAAGAAAAAAAAAGUUUCGUCCAUUGUAAAAACAAAAUGUCGGGUUCAACACACCGACUUCGCCUGGGCUGGUAAACAUUAUACACCUUCGGUUAUUGUCGUUGACGUUCGGUGGAUCCCGGCAACGUUCGGUUAUCCCCGGGACUUGUUGUUCUGUUAGUUUACCUCAUUGAGCGUGUUGACUAAGAUAAACUCAGAUACGUUCGUAAAAGUGUGGGUGGAUAACCAUACACAAGGGAUCGACUUGAGCAGAAAAAGUAGAAUAAAAAACAACACAGAUUUUCACAUAUGCUGCAAAAUAUGUGAUCCUUGAGAAAACAAUAUUGAUGUUAGUUGUUUCGUCUCCCAGAGCAUCCUACGGUUUUCAUGUCGUCGUGCAUGGAGAAUACUGCACAUAGUAUAUUUAUCGAAACAGCCACCCGUUCUUGACCUACAUGUAGUUUAUGCUGAAAGUGCUUUGGUAUCAAGAGAUCUCUAACAUUACAUGGAGCCAUCCUUACGUUUAACCUUUUAAAGCGAAUAUUGGACGACAUAUGCGGUGUAAACGUCCAACGUUUCAAGAGACAUACCAAUUAACAAUUAUAUCACCGCUGUAGAACAGCUUUGCCUGUCUCAUUACUGUGUAUAUUUAAAGAAACUUGUACGAACGUGCAUGCCUGUCUAUUCAUACAUCAUAUAUACUAGCUAUCGCAUGGUUUACGGCAAAGGUUAAAACAUAGCGAUAUCUUGCAUGUAUAUUAUUCGGUUAAAAGGAACUAUAAAAUUUCUUAUUUUUUAUCAGAGUUUAUUUAUGAUGGGUAAUAUUCGGCAGAAAUGUACAUUGCAGAUAAUAUUAUGAUAAUUUCGGAGAGUACGCAUAAUUUCGUUUAAUUUAUUCAAUUUUCAGUUUAAUAUUUCUUUUAGGAAAUGAUCUCUUUAGUACAAGUUUUCGUUCAUUAUACGACAGUGUAUAUAAAAGACAAGGCAAUUAUACGUGGAAUUAAUUUUUGUAUCAGCUGUAUUUUUUUUUGUAUUUUUUUGUUUGCUAUCCAAAAUGCAACCUUCACCUUUAGAUUAUAAGGGUAAACAAUAGGACGUUGUCGCUGCAAUCUUGGUCUUCAUCUUAUAUGGAAAAUCAUUGGUUAACAGACACUGUCAAAAUGUCUUUGAGAGCAAUGAUUAGUUACUUUAUUUUCACGUAUCGUUGUAAAUGUUAUGAAUAUUUUUGAAAUGGAGGCUUUAUUUAUUCUCACUGAUAUGUAUAUGACGGCUUAUUUCUUACGACACAUGUCAAAAAAUGAAAAUGCAGUUUACGGUUUUUGAUCUCGCAUCGAUGUGGAUACAAUUUAUUUAUUUAUUUAUUUGAUCGUUUAAAUUAAUUUAUUCAUGUAUUUAUUAUAUUGGUUCUUAUCAUUGGUAAGAACACGCGUAAUUUAAAUCUAUUUUCAAUUCUAGUCACAUGUGUGUAUGUCACGUGACUUUUUUCGAGUCCGUGUGAAGAAAGUGGGAAA